AUGUCUCAUGAAGGCCCAAGGAACUCACCUAUGUGGGUUGACGCUACUUUUGCACUUUUUAUCCUCGUCGAUGUUUCCAGAGACGAAAUAAAUCGCGUUCUCCAAGAAGCCUAUGACGGAAGUACAGUCAACGACUACAUGUUCUGGCUUGCCGAUGACUUCUCCAAUGCGCCACGUCGACGUAGAGAAGGCGAUGCGACCUAUGUUGAGAGUGGGACGGAGCCUCCUAUCCCGGAAGGAUGGACUUCUCGAUUCAAGGGGAAGACGAUCCAAGACGUGGCAGGUUUCUUAAAGCAAGCUCCAGAUGAGCUAUGUGUUGACUGGCAUCACUUUGCCGUGUUGGGCGAAGACUUUACCAAGCGGCAUGUUAUCACCCUUUGUAGGAUUGGGGAUGAGGAACUGAAAGGAGAUAAACUUUCGACCUUACCGUGUACGGUGGAGCAGUCGGCGCUGUGCUUGUCAAGCAUGGAACCUCAUAAAUGGGAGGAGUACCAGGCGGACCAGGACGGCAAUAACCCGAUUAUGUAG